AUGUUUUUAGAAAUAGAGAAAACCGAAAAUAUUUUAACAGUUUUACGCGGAUUUGAAAAAAAGUAUGGAUAUAAAUUUGUUGACGACGAAUCCAAGAAUAACUGUGUUAGCAGAAUAAAAAAGCGUCUUAAUUCAUUUGUGAUUGAAGGUGUUUUAACAGAAGAAUAUUUGAAGCAGGGCGAAAUUUUUUUUUGGAUUGAACAAAGAGUUGGUGAGGAAAUGUCUGUGAAGGUCUACAGUGCGAAACAGUAUCCAGAUAAAAGAAAAAUGUGUUACAAUAAAAAUGAAAUAAAAAAAGUUAAAAAUGAUUAUGAAAAAGAAAAAUGUAUCAAAUAUUCACCGGAAAUGAUCCAUAAUAAUAUAGUUACAGUUGGGAGCUUCCUUGUUGAUAUACUAAGAGAAUCUACAUUCAUACGAUCAAAAUACUAA